AUGGCGACAGAAACCACCGACCUGGUACGCGGCGGCGGCGGUGCCGAAGACGAAGCCCUUGGGGAAGCUCCCCCGCGUGAGCCCUCCUCCGCCCCCGCCCUGGCCCUGCGCAAUGCAUCCUUGCAGCGACACGCCGAGGACGAGCAGAGAAGAAGCAACGGCGGCGGCGGCAUCGUGCGUUGCCCACUCUUUAUCCUCCUCCCCAUGGGCCACCAAAGGCACGCGCGAGCGAUCGAGCGAGCGAGAGACCCUACCGAGGUGGGCUCCAAAGCGCGGCGAGGAAAGAACAACGACCGCCGAGCUGAGAGUGGGUGCGCGUAG